GGGUGAAGGGGAUUCUUUCUUCUUUCUUUUCACGUUACAUUUCCACCUCCGCCUCCUCUGGUUAAUUUCCUAACCCUGGUUCGGUUCGCCUCAAUCCACUUGUCCCCCGUCCCUUUCUCUCUCUCUCUCUCUAAUAAGGGGAAAAAAAACUACUCCUUCCCUUCCUUUAUGUCAGUUUGGCUUUGUUUGUGUACUAACUCGUAUUGCAAUUGCAAUUUCAAUUGCAUCAUCAAUAGAUUUACUAUUGAUUAUUAUUAUUGCAUGUUGUUGUUGUUGUUGUUGUUGAGGUGUUUGGUGGGUGGGGAAUGGCGGCGAAGAAGAUGUACGAGUCUUUUCCCAAGAGACUGAUGGAAGAGGUGCAGAGAUGGGGGGCUAUGAAGCAGACUGGGGUUAGCCUCAGGUACAUGAUGGAGUUUGGCUCCACACCCACCCUCCGUAAUUUGCUUAUUUCUUCUCAAUUCCUUCACAAAGAGCUCCCCAUCAGAAUCGCUAGGCGUGCCAUUGAACUCGACUCCCUUCCUUACGGCUUAUCCCAAAAGCCCGCUGUCCUAAAGGUGCGAGAUUGGUAUUUGGAUUCUUUCCGUGACCUGAGAUCCUUUUCUGAGAUCAAGGACACUAGUGAUGAGUUGGAAUUCACACAAAUGAUUAAGAUGAUUAAGGUUAGACAUAACAAUGUUGUUCCCACAAUGGCUUUGGGAGUUCAACAGUUGAAGAAAAGCCUGGACCCGAAGAUUGAUUACGAGGAUUUGGACGAGAUUCAUCAGUUCCUGGACCGCUUCUACAUGUCGAGAAUUGGGAUUCGCAUGCUUAUUGGGCAGCACGUGGCAUUGCAUGAUCCCAACCCUCCUCCUGAUUGUGUGGGUUACAUACACACAAAAAUGUCUCCUAAAGAGGUAGCAAGAAUUGCAAGUGAAGAUGCCCGCUCAAUUUGUUUGCGAGAGUAUGGCAGUGCACCUGAUGUAAAUAUCUACGGGGAUCCUAAUUUUUCAUUCCCGUAUGUUCCGCCUCACUUACAUCUGAUGGUUUUUGAGUUGGUUAAAAACUCCUUGCGUGCUGUCCAAGAGCGGUUUAUGGACUCCGACAAAGUUGCACCUCCCAUCCGAAUAAUAGUAGCUGAUGGUAUAGAGGAUGUUACCAUUAAGGUCUCAGAUGAAGGAGGUGGAAUACCAAGAAGUGGUCUCCCUAGGAUUUUUACAUAUCUUUACAGCACUGCCAAAAAUCCCCUGGAUGAGCAGUCAGAUCUUGGAACAGCUAAUGUGGCAACAAUGGCUGGUUAUGGAUAUGGGCUUCCCAUAAGUCGUUUAUAUGCCAGAUAUUUUGGAGGGGAUAUGCAGAUAAUAUCUAUGGAAGGAUAUGGGACAGAUGCAUAUCUUCAUUUGUCUCGCUUGGGAGAUUCACAAGAACCCCUACCCUGAACAAAGGUUGCGGAUCCAAACUAAAUCUUGAAUUAAGUAUCACAACCAACCUGUGUAAAUAGCUAGAACAAGGCAGGCUAAUAUUCGUUCGUUGUUAAACAAACAGUUGUCAAUUCUAAAUUGUCCAUUAUGUCCA